CUAACACACGCACACGUAACUCGGACCUAACCUAGUUAUUUUAAGAAGACUUGUGUGAAUGAUGAAUAAUUUUUGGAAAGCGACAAUUGUCUUGGGUGCCUUCAUCGCAGCAGCACAAUGCCUGACCUGUCGUCAGUGUCCCAUUGGCAUCUUUGGAACAUGCUUCCUAUCAAAAGAUGUCACUUGUACUAAUACAAAUCAGAGCUGCUUCACAGGAGAUGCACUGUUCAGCGCUGCUGGGGGGCUGAAGCUGCACACCCGCGGCUGCCUGGAGUCGGAUCUGUGCGGGGCGUCGCUGAACGGCUCCAUCCUCAGUGUGGCCUACAGCACCUCUUUCCAGUGUUGUAACACAGACGUGUGUAACGGAGCCACUUCCAUCCAGCUCCCACUCACUGUGGCUCUCUUUGCUGCUCUCCUGGCCUCCCUGUGGAGCUUCUGGGAGAUGUAGUUCUUUGUGAUAUGCCUCAAUACUCAAACUGCUUGAAUCCAUAGUUAAUCAGUAUAUUAUCUCCUGUGAUUUAUCCUGUUUGCUUUGAAAUCAAACAAUAAUUGAAAUGAAAUUUAAUAAAUAAAUAGCAUCAGUGUG